AAUCGGAAUCGGAAUCGGAAUCGAAGAGGUCCCAUUAAUGAACCAACCAAGCAGGCCAACGAAAGUUAAAAUAAUAGAAUAAGCAAUACAAGCAAACUACUUAUAACGAAAUCGCUUUAAAGGCAUCUAGAGUUAGUCAAAAGGAAACACAUCUCGACGUGUAUCUUGGGGAAAAUCAACGCUUCAUAAAUUAACGAAUUAGUGAAUAACGAACCACACGGACCAGCUAAAUUAAAGAGCACACCAUUCCGGGGAAAACCUCCAACCUCCGUGGGAGAAGGAUCAAGCAACACGGCGAAGGGCGGCCGUAAUGGGUGGUGGCUUUGCGGCGCCACCGAUUACACUAGCCAGCAGGAACCAGCGACCAGGAAACGACCACGUCCCCACCACCACCACUCCGGCGACGGAGAUGCACGAGAAACUCCUGGAGAAGGAGGACAAGACUGAGAGGACCAAUCUGCUGGGCAGGUCCAAGGACACCAGCAAGCCGCCCAAGGACAAGCCGCCCAAGCAGUCCAAGUUUGCGGAGCGUCUGCGUCGCUCCUUUCGGCGCGGCGAUCAUCGAUCGUUGGAGAUCAAACGGCAGGAGCCCACGGCGGAGGAGCUGAAGGCCAAGAGCAGGGCCACUCCACCGCCGCCAAGUAGUCUCCAUUCGGACAACAAUAAUCGGCUGCCCUUUGCCCUCAGCCACUUGAAUUUACCCGGCUUGGGAUUGGGAGUGGGUGUGGGUCUGGGACUCGGUGGCCACAUCAAUCCCGCCCUGCUGCUGGACAGCCCAGACGAGUGCACUCCGCCGGAGUACGCCUAUCAGCACCUGAGUAGCGUGGCCACCACCAAUUCGAGCACUUCCUUGGAGAGCAGCUGCGAAUUGGGUGAGCUGAGUGGCUCCCAGAACAGUGUCUUCUAUUGGGCCUCCAUGGGUGGCGAGGUGAGCACAUCGGCGGGGGCAGCAGAAGCAGCAGGAGGAGGUGGAGGAGCAGGAGCAGGAGGAUUACCCAUUGAUAACCCGAAUAGACGACGCCUGGAGACCCAAAGCAGCAAUCGAAGUGAUCAACAGGCUGUAACCACUACUACUUCCUCGGCUGUUCAGCCUGGGAACAGCAGCAGGAGCUGCAGCCUGACCAGCGAGAGCAGCUCCAUCCGACUGACCCGCCUGCAGAACUUCCUCUUCAAGAGCAGCAACGAGAGCUCCCGCAGCUGCCAGGGCCACUCGAACGAGGGCUUCACCGUGUCCUCGCACAACUCCUCCUCGGGCGAGUGGGAGCAGCUGGGUGCCUAUUUGUCGAGCAGCAGUGGCGUGGGCGGUGGCCAUGACUUCCAGGGCGGCUCCUUUCCCGAGGAGAGCACACCCGAUGAGACGGAGGCCGGCACUUUGCCGGUGGAGACGAGCAGCAGUGGCGGAGGAGGAGGAGGUGGCUACUAUCAGUACACCCUGACCUCGCCCAAUAAUCCCUUUCUGCCGGAGAUCACGGCCAGGACGUAUCACAGCACCUACAGCGAAGAUGGAGCAGUGGAGGGUGGUGGUGACUCCACCACAGAUGACCUCCAGUUGGACGGGAGUGGGCAGAAGUAUGGCACCCGCUCCGCCCAGUUGCCAACGCCUUCGUACAGUCGAGCCGGAUCGCAGGAGUCGACGCACAGCGAGGGAGGAGGACCGCCUGGUCCCACGCCCAGUCCCGCCUCCAGUUCCUCCUCCACGCCGGGCAGGCAUCGGAGGAAGCUGUUUAGCCUGAACUCACCCACCCGAUUGCUGCACCACCAGAAGGAGCAGCCGGCGCAGCAGAGUGGAUCGCCUCCAUCCGGCGGAAGUAGCAAUGAGGGAGGAGGCUCCUCCGGUGGCAAGUUCAAUUCGGCCAGUUUGGUGAGGAGCCUCAAUCCAUUCCUGCCCAGCGUUACGUCGCCCAAGAAGGCGCCGCACAAACAGGCGGCUGUGACGUCGCCGGGCUCCUUGACCCCUGACCUUAGCACAAAGCGCGAGGAGUUCCUGCGGGCCACCAUGAAGAUCUGCUUGGUCGUCUCGCCGCCCAACAGCAAGCUGCAGCUGAAAUCGAAGAGUCUCACGCACUUGGAUGGCCUCGACUCGGGUGUGGUGGCCUGCCAGCACGGACCUCCGGGAAUGGCCAGCAGCACCACCACCACCACCACCGCCGCCGCCGUCGGCAGCACCACCGCGACCACCGGACUGUUCGCCACCACCGGACCACCAGGAUCGCUGGGCCGGCAGGCCAAUGUGACUGAAAAGGGUGAACCGAGGAGCGUUUGUCUGUCUCCCUCGGCACCACCACCAACAGCCUCCCAAGCUCACCCACCGCACCACCCACCCACAAUUUACACCCAGGCACCGCAGAUCGUGCGGCGUACGCCUUCGCUGAUGCUCUCACCCACGCUCGACGAGACCACGAAGACGGCCAGUUCGUCCUGCUUUGGCACCGGUCACUCCAGUGCCGGAUCCUUCCACCAGCACCACCACCAGAAUCAGAAUCAGAGUCAGCAAAACCACCAGCAACUGACUAGCAGCGGCAGCACCACUGGCACCGGCACCUCCACCACGGCAACUUAUGCGAUACCCUCCUCCAAACACUUUCAGUUCGCUGGCGAAGUGGUGGCCACCUCGUCCUCCUCGACCCUGAGUCCCUACAGCACCACAUCGGCUGCCUCGGGAGGUGGUGGCAUUGGUGGUGCUUGUGGUGGCCUAACCUCCCCCGUCGGCUGCUCCACGUCCUCGGGUUCGGCGGUGAAAAAGAAAUCCUCGUUCAUGAAGCGCAAGAAGCCACUGCUGACGCGCAGCGAGGUAUCCAGCUCCGAGUUCUUCUCCGUGUCAUUCUGCCUGGAAUCGUCGCAGCAUCCAGAUGAGGAGUUUAUUCCCGCUACCAAAGGCGUAACACUACUUAACGCACUCGGCCACGCCCUGCGUAGGCGGAACCUCAGCUUUACACAAAUCACCAUCACGGACAAUAAUCCCACGCCCAGUUUUUUAGAUGCCGGUCCUUCGCUCCUUCCCGUCUCCGUGGAUGAGCAGACCGAUGUGGAGAGCCUGGCUGGACACCAUCUCUGCAUCACCGAACGGGGCAGCAACCGCAAGCCCCUGCAAAAGGCAGCUUCUUUUGGUUCCCGACAACCCCCGCCCCGACUGCUGCCCUCCGUUUCCACCGAGGAGACCAGCGAGUCGGGAGUGGCGGCCGGCAAGCAGAUCAAGCAGCGGUGGUCUUCCAUAUUCGGGAUCAAGAAUCCCCAGCAGAGUCAGCUGUGCGAGCUGCUGAACAGCUAUGCCAAGAACGGAGUGCCCCAGCGUCCGGAUAGCAUGAACUUUGAUCAUCCGGACUUGGUCAACUCACUGGCCUACCUGCAGGAUAUGCACAAGUCGUGGCGCGACUUUGUGGAGAGUGAUGCGAUGAGCGAGACGGAGAUUAAGAUCCAGACGGCCAUUUGGGAGCUGGUUACCACCGAGGUGUAUUACAUUCACGCCCUGCAAACAGUGACUGAGUUAUUCCUGGCCUGUUUGGAGGCCGUUCAGGAGGAGCGUCUGCUGAUCGAUGUGGAUCAGGCUCGUUUGUUCUCCAAUGUGCGGGCUGUGUGCGAGGCGAACAUCAAGUUCUGGACCCUGUGGCUUUAUCCCAUGGUGGCACAUAGCAUAAUCACCCACGAACCGCUGAGAUGCGCCUUUUUCCAGGAGGGAUUCAUUGGCUUUGCCUCCAUCUUUGCGCCAUAUAAGAUCUACUGUGCGGAACAGAGCACCUGCCAGUUCUACUGCAAAGAGCUGAACCACAACAACCCCCUGUUCACAUCCUAUUUGGCGUGGUGCGAGUCGCAGAAGAUGUGCAACCGCCUGCGACUCGCGGACAUUGUGGUGCGACCCAUGCAGCGACUGACCAAGUACAGCCUCCUCCUGGCCGCGAUCAAGAAGCACAUGAGCGACGUGGAGGAGAUAGAGGCCAUUGACGUGAUGAUGCACAGCGUGGAGAACUUUGUGGGCAGUGUGAACAACCACUUGACGAUGCGGCAGGAGAACGAGCGGCUCAAGGGCGUGAUGGUGCGGAUCGAGUCGUACGAUGUGGUGGACACCAACAACGAGAUGCUGGACAAGUUGAUCAAGCAGCACAGCCAGAUGUUUGACCUCUGUGCCCCGAUGCGCGGAUGUCCCGCCUACCAUGUGCGCCACCUGUUCAUGGAGGGCGAUCACAAGUUCAAGGACAACCUCGGCAAGUCCGAUGUGCACUGUUUCCUGCUCACCGACCUCCUGCUCGUGUGCAAGACGAUUGCCAAGCGGGGACUGGGAGCCCUGAAGGUCAUACGGCAACCAUACCUAACCGACCAGCUAAUCGUUCAGCUGGCGCCGAACAAUACGCUGAACUGUGUGUACCUCAACGAGUUCCAGGUGGCCACCACGGCGUUCACGCUGCAGUGCACCGAGGCCAAGAACUGGUACGACGCCAUGUGGCGGGCCAAGACGAUCUACCAAAGACUGAAGCGCGGCGGCGCAGGAGGCGGCAGCGGAAGCGGCACGGUGGGCGGCGAUAGCUUCCGGUUCGGUGGGAGUGGCACCAGCGGCGGCACCGCCGAUUCCCUGGGCGUCCGCAAGUCACCGAUGAACUCCUCGAUCUGCAGCCACGUCUCCAGUGCGAACAACAGCCACAGCGGCAGUGUCGAGUGGAACGACUCGCGCAACAUAUCCGUCGACUUUGAAAAGACAAACUCGGUGUCCAGCGACGAGGGCUCCAGCAUAAUGACAGGCAACCACGGAGUGAACCUGAAGGGCAAGCAGCAAUUGAUCAGUGGCCUGCACAAGACUAAAAUGGGCAUUAUCGGCCAGAUGGGCUCCAAGUCGGCCAACACGCUCUCCGUGCAGCCGAUGAACCAUCUGGGCCAGAGCCUGCCCAACCUGAACAUGCAUCACAGCCACACUAACAAUACUCUGCUCGUGCCCGGCUCCACGACGAGCCACUCGGGCAAUAUGUUGUUGUCGCCCAGUCACCGCGGCAUUUCCUACCCGCCGCCGAGUCCAACGAGAGUUCCUCUGCGCCGCGGCAUGGCCUUCUCCACGUCGACGAAGAAUCCGCCGCUGCGCAAGACCCGGAAUAUAACCUCCCAGAACAGUAUUAACUGGCACCAGAUCCCGGCCACGCCCACGCCGCCCAGCCCGAGAUCGCAGCACCAAUCGCCGGGAGUGGUCUGCAUGCAGAAAUCGCUGCCCCUGCUGGUGCCCCACGAGGAGGGUCAAGGUCAAGGUCAGGGCCUGCCACCGCCCCCGCUGCAGAAGCAGCUCUCCCACCAGACGCCGCUGCCCACAUCCAAUCACAACCAGUCGAGCACCGAAACGGACGUCUGAUGUGGACUGGGUCGCCGAAGCAUAAAGCCGCAGAAUGUACUUACCAAUAGAUCCGUCACAAUUUACCCAGAGCACUCCCAUAUAAAAUACAUUUAGGAAAUCGCCUUUGUUUUUCCCAGGUCUUACUAAAGGAUAUACAGCUAUUUUCUCUAAAGACAGUAUUUCUAAUGAAUAAAUAUAUCUUGUCAUAUUCGAUUAAGUUUUAUUUAUUUCUAGAACAACUUACAAUAAUCUU